UCGGUGUAUCAUCCCUUUGCUGGUGACUUUACAGGAAUCGUGACUUCCAGGAAGUGACACUAGAACGGGAUGGUGAAACACUUCUGCAGUUUGCUGCUGUCUAUGGUUUCAGGAACAUCCAGACUCUGGUUCACCGUAUGAGAAAGGGACGUGUGCCUUAUCAACUGGUGGAGGUGCUGUCCUGCCCCGGAGGGUGCUUGAGCGGCCGCGGUCAGGCUGAGAGUGAGGGAGGUGCUGGCCGGCUGGACAAAGCCUUGGUUAACCAGAUGGAGGAGAUCUACAGCAGCCUUCCAGUCCGGCUCCCAGAAUUCAACCCUGCCCUGCACACCCUCUAUCAGGAGUGGCUAGAGGGUCAGGACUCGUCACAGGCCAGAAAGCUGCUGCACACAGAGUACAGAGUCACGGCCACGCACAGCCCCCACACAUGCAGUGGUGAGAAGAAAGGGAACGUCUUCCUUUAAAGACAUGAAUGGACAGCUAUUCGAUUGUGCUUCUGCCUGGACCAUCACAUAUUCUAAAAACCUGUGGACCACGCAGAAUGACGGACCAGUCUCAAUAGAUCAUUCUUCCAUUUAACCACAAGGGGGGGCUGCCUCUUCUGUGCUGAGCCUGAUGAGAUGUGAGGGGCAGAAAAACAAACACAUAGAAAUGAUACAGAGUGAAUCAGUGAAUGCAGUGAGGUGUUCUUAAACUGGCAAAAAAACGGCACGAGGUACAAGAUCACCUGCUGUGCCAGCUGUUCUAAUAAGUGACAUCUGUAGCAAGUGUGAACCGUCAGUCUGUCGAGUCACAGAGCAAUAACCCCUUGAGAAAACAGAAGCUUUUAUCACAACUGGAACUCAUGAACCGAACCUGUGGAUGCUGAAUGUAUAUUUGAUGAGUUUGAAUCUUAGCUGUCCAGUAUGAAUCAUGCAGUUUUCCAUGCUAAAGUCAUCUCCACUGUUCCUAGCUGAAAGACUG